GCUAAACGUUUUGCUACAGAAACCGUUUACUCCAAACGCUGUUGAGUUUUGUUUUGUUGUAGUUCAGUGGCGUCUGGAAGAAAUCGUAACCCCGCGGAAUUCACGCCACUUGAGAACAUGGAAGAACCGAGCAUUUGGCUGGUGCCAAACACUUCGCAGACUAUUCACAUUGGGAUGGCAACUCGAGGAGACAAUAACAUUAAAAUGAACUAGCUGGCUAGAACUUCCGUUUGUGAAGGCAACAUAUUUUACGUAGCGUUUGGAGUAGACCGUCCCUGUUGCUAAACGUUUUGUAAUGAAUACACCCCUGACUAGCCAUUCUCUUGUCAUGAUCUGAAUCUGUUCGUGGGUUUGGGUGCCUGACAACAUCACUCUUCGUGCCCGUCGUCACCAUGACAGCAGAGGAGAUCAUCAAUGUGAAGGAGGUGGAGAUCAUCAAGGUGAUCCUGGACUUCCUCAACUCCAGGAAACUUCACAUCACCAUGCUGGCCCUGGAGAAAGAGAGCGGAGUCAUCAACGGACUGUACUCUGACGACAUGCUGUUCCUCAGACAACUGGUGUUGGAUGGGCAGUGGGACGAGGUGCUCCAGUUCAUUCAGCCGUUGGAGUGCAUGGACACGUUUGACAGGAAAAGGUUCCGUUACAUCGUCCUGAAGCAGAAGUUUCUGGAGGCCCUGUGUGUGAACAACGCCAUGUCUGCUGAGGACGAGCCACAGCAUCUGGAGUUCACCAUGCAGGAGGCGGUGAAGUGUCUUCAUGCUCUGGAGGAGGUCUGUCCCUCUAAAGACGACUACAGCAAGCUAUGUCUGCUCCUCACCCUGCCUCGUCUCACCAACCACGCUGAGUUCAAGGACUGGAACCCCAGCACGGCGCGGGUGCACUGUUUUGAAGAGGCGUGCACCAUGGUGGCAGAGUUCAUCCCAGCAGACAGGAAGCUGAGCGAAGCGGGGUUCAGAGCCUCAGGGAACCGCCUCUUCCAGCUACUCAUUAAAGGAGUUCUGUAUGAGUGCUGCGUUGAGUUCUGCCAGAGCAAGGCGACAGGCGAGGAGAUCACGGAGGGCGAGGUGCUCCUGGGGGUGGACAUGCUGUGUGGGAAUGGCUGUGAUGACCUGGACCUGUCCUUACUCUCCUGGAUGCAAAACCUGUCCCACAGUGUCUUCUCCUGCGCCUUCGAGCAGAAGCUGCUCCAGAUCCACGUGGACCGCCUGGUCAAGCCCGCCAAGGCCGGCUACGCAGACCUCCUCACCCCGCUAAUCAGCAAGCUGUCCCCCUAUCCCUCCUCGCCCCUCCGCCGCCCCCAGUCCGCCGAUGCCUACAUGUCCCGCUCCCUGAACCCGGCCCUGGACGGGCUCUCCUAUGGUCUGUCUGCCCAGGAGAAGAGGGGCCCAGGGGGGGACACGGCGGGGGGGAAGGGGGUAUCCCCCAUGUCUCAUUCCUUCGCUAACUACCACACGGGGGGCCAGAGUCUGAGCAGGAGUCUGAUGUUGGAGAGCUCCGACUGCCACAGCAUCUUUGAGGAGUCGCCUGAGAGCUCCAGGACGGACACGCCCGUGGAUAAGAUGAUGAGUUCGGGCACCCUGCGUCCUGACUCCGCCCCUGGAGAGGAUGCCCCAUUACCAGGCUCUGCAGAGAGGAACGAGCUGCAUGACUCAACAGAGAAGUUUGAGGAGUUUUACCGCCAGCGUCUGAGAGUGCAGCAGCACCUGGAGCAGAAGCAGCAGCAGAGACAACUCUACCAGCAGAUGCUUCUGGAGGGAGGGGUACAACACAGUGACCAGCCAGCCCCCGGGACAGACGCCGCACAGCACAGCCUCACUGAGACGUUCCUCAACAGGUCUAUUCAGAAGCUGGAGGAGUUGAACGUUGGGAUGGAGAGUCUAGAGGAGGAUGUCCAGUCUCUGGCCCAGCAGUGCAAUGGUACGGGCCCCUCUCCUGAGAACAACAAUAUCGGUGACCCCGUAGGCUUGACCCCUGACCCCGCCGUGACCCUGACCCCCGAGCAAGGCCAGCCCCAUGGAGGAGGGGUGGUCAGCAGCACCCCACAACGCACCGCAGCGGGUCGGGGGGUACCCCCACCCAACGAAUCUCCCGUGGUCUCCCAGAGUCCUCAAGUAGCCGGACAGCCUUCCGCAUUAGAUGACUCACCAGGAGCCCGAACCCGAAGUAAGGAGGGGGACAACGGGGACAAGCCCAAGGCCCUGUUUGUAGCUGUGAACACCCUGGAGGACACUCAGGCAGUGCGCGCUGUAGCCUUCCACCCCACGGGGGCGCUAUACGCUGUCGGUUCCAACUCUAAGACGCUACGCGUGUGUGCCUACCCAGAUGCACCGCUGGACACCAGUGGGGUGUCGGGUAUGACCAAGCAGCCGGAGGUUCGUUUUAAGAGGAAUAAGCACCAUAAGGGUUCUAUCUACUGUGUGGCCUGGAGUCACUGUGGACAGCUACUAGCCACCGGCUCCAAUGACAAAUACGUCAAAGUCCUGCCCUUCAGUGCCGAGACCUGCAACGCCACAGGUCCAGACCUUGAGUUCAGUAUGCAUGAUGGGACCAUCAGAGACCUGGCGUUCAUGGAGGGACCAGAGAGUGGAGGGGCCAUCCUGAUCAGUGCUGGAGCCGGAGACUGUAACAUCUACACUACUGACUGUCAGAGAGGACAGGGCCUACACGCUCUCAGUGGACACACAGGUCACGUUCUGUCUCUGUAUACAUGGGGAGGGUGGAUGAUAGCGUCAGGCUCUCAGGACAAGACUGUGAGGUUCUGGGACCUGAGAAUACCCACUUGUGUUAGAGUGGUGGGCACUGCCUUCCAUGGAUCAGGCAGUCCCGUUGCCUCGGUAGCAGUUGACCCUAGCGGCCGUCUCCUAGCGACGGGACAGGAGGACAGCGGCUGUAUGCUCUAUGACAUCAGAGGGGGACGCGUUGUGCAGACGUACCGGCCCCACUCCAGCGACGUGCGCUCCGUUAGGUUCUCCCCCGGGGCACACUACCUGCUCACUGGUUCCUACGACACCAAGGUCAUGAUCAGCAACCUGCAAGGUGACUUGACGAAGCCGUUGCCCCUGACUCUGGUAGGGGAGCACGGUGACAAGGUGAUCCAGUGCAGGUGGCACACACAUGACCUGUCCUUCCUGUCCUCCUCCGCUGACCGUACCGUCACACUCUGGACACACAACCCCUAACACACACAUGACCUGUCCUUCCUGUCCUCCUCCGCUGACCGUACCGUCACACUCUGGACACACAACCCCUAACACACACAUGACCUGUCCUUCCUGUCCUCCUCCGCUGACCGUACCGUCACACUCUGGACACACAACCCCUAACACACACACACACACACGACCUGUCCUUCCUCUCCUCCUCCACUGACCGUACCGUCACACAACACCUAACAGACACACACUCACGCAACACAACCCCUAAAACACACAAACCCUAACAUGCACACACACAAACACAACCCCCUAAGUCACAUAUAGUGGACAUGCAUAACCCGUAAUGCACAACCUAGACACACACAUGCACCCUUUUCCUUACUCUUUUUCCUCUUGCAACAAACAGGACAGUUUGUCCCGCUGUACAUUUGGUUGUGUGGCUGUCUGUGGGUAUCUUUUAGCUGUAUUUAGGUUUGAUUUUGUAUCCUGCUCAGCUCCCCUCAACAUCACUGCUUCUGUGAACAACUCUCACUUUAGCAAUGCAUCCCCUAGGUGUGUGUGUGUGUGUGUGUGUGUGUGUGUGUGUCUGUGCGUGUGUGUGUGUGUGUGUAAAAUGGGGAGAGUGAAAAAGUGCACCAACUGACCCUUUCCUUCGCUCUAUCACUCCAUUCCUCCACUUGUCCCAUGACUCUUCACAUUUUCAUCUACAAAUGAUACAUCUACUCCAUCAUGUUUUGAAUAAGGAGAUGGCUGUUUUGCUAUAGUGCAUUGUUUCAUAUGGUGCCUUGAGUUAUCCAGUCUCCAAAUACAGAAACCCAUGUGGGUCCCUCUCCAUUUCAGGUCAAAAAGUUUAAGUUAUCUGUGAGAUCUUUUCAAGAACAAAUUGACAUUCCUAAUUAAUUUGCAGUCAGUGUUUUUGUUACAGCGUGUGUUACUAUGCUGCUAUUAUUUGAGAAGAAACCAAGGCAACAAUGUUGUGAUCUAAACUGCUGACAAUAUGUCAGUGUGUGUCUCAGUAUAUCAGGUGCUCCUUGCCGGAGUUGAAUCUGUUGCUUUGGUCGAUCAAUUAGCUAUCGGGUGCUUAGCUGUUGUCAGUACUACUACUACUGUGGGACUUUCCCAUGUCUAACGUUACUGUGCAAGUCUGCCCACCGCAUUUCUGCUUUCGGCUUGUAAAUAUCGGAGACAAAAAUGUGUACAUUUGCUUGUACGUUUUUAAUGUUGAAUUAGUGUUUGGUGCAAAAUGCUGUCUUCAGACAGUUGUUAUGGUGUUUCUUGCUAUGGCUUGCCUGCAAAUAGGAAAAAUAAAAUAGUUGUUUGAUAUCGACAUGGAAGGGAAUAACAGGUCUACUUUUUGGCUUGGCCAGCUUCAGCGUACAGUUAAGCAACACUCCCUGUAGCAUGGCUUUACUUUCAUCUGCAAUGUUACUGGUUGCUACCUAGAUGGCAGGCUCUGCCUAUUUCAAAAGGGAGUAGCUUAUGGACAAUAUCUUAGAAAAUUAUAAACCCGUAUUAAGGGUGUUUUGCAUUUCUUACUUUCAGUUUCUGUAUUUUGCACUUUGUCACUAGACACCAUUUAAUACAGUUUUGUUUGAUUUGUUUGAUCAAAAUGCAGGCUUGAGUUUUAGGCUUUGUGUACAGUUUCUCAUUUUGAAUUAAAAGGCCAAACUAAUAAAUAGAUGUAUUUAUUUUAUCUUUUAUUAUUUUAAAAUGUUCUUGUAAUAUAGGCAUCAUUUUCUGUUGAUAUGAAAUUAGAUAGUGGUUCCGGUAUGUAGCUUUUCUAAACCUUGUUUUAAGUGACUAAGAGAAAUGAAUAGAGCUUAUUGAAGUGUGGUCGCUGCUGUGGUAUCUAAAUAAAAUCCUCUUUGACAUUU